CAUGCCUUGCAUACUCCUCGGUUUGCCUUGACUGUGAAAACACCCAUCUCGAGAAGCCCCUUUUUCCGCAUCACCAACAUGUCGUCGUCCGCUCCGGAAACACCGUUCUUCGUCAACGCCACUGCCGCAGGCGAGAUUCCGUCCUACAACGGAGACGAAAAGGCCAAGGCGACGGAUUUCGCCAACUACUUUUGUUCGUACGCCCAGCUCUACCACCAGAAACAAAUGUUGGCGGAUCACAAUCGAAUGGCGGCGUACCACAGUGCCAUUCUCGGCAAUCAGGACGUCUUCCGGGACAAGGUCGUCAUGGACAUUGGCACCGGCUCCGGCAUUUUGGCCGUCUGGGCCGCCCAGGCCGGAGCGCGCAAGGUCUACGCCAUCGAAUACACGGACAUGGCCAAACACGCCGAGCGAGUCAUGAAAGCCAACGGUGUGGAUCAUAUUGUGACGGUUAUUCAAUCGUCCGUGGAAGACGUCGUUCUCCCCCGCUGCGUGGACAUUAUCGUGUCCGAAUGGAUGGGCUACAUGUUGUUGCGAGAGUCCAUGUUGGAUUCGGUCAUUCGGGCUCGUGACAAGUUUCUCAAGAAAAACACGGGAUUGAUGUUUCCCUCGCACACGACCAUGUUUGUGGCACCCGUCAACGACGAAGACGAACGCAAGGCUGCCGCCAACGACUACGGGAGCUCCAUGUCGGAUUGGGCCGAGUUUGCGCAGACCACGAACCAAGUAUACGGCGUCAAUAUGGAUUGUCUCGAAAAGGAAUUUGACCGCGAGCAAAAAGAGUACCACAUGCUCAGCUCACGGUGGACCGAACUACCCCCUGAGGCGGUUUUGGCGGAACCUGCCAUGAUCAAACAACUCGACAUGACCACCUGUACGUUGCAAGAUUCUCGUGGGAUCGACAAGGACGCCGAGCAUUCCGCCUUCGACUUUGAGAUCGACGGUGACGAGAUCAACAAUCCAAUCAGUGGAAUCGCUGGUUGGUUUACGGCUGAUUUUCGCAGUCGCACCGAUGCCGGAGGAAGAGACGCCCCAAAACUGUCGCACCCAGCCUUUUUAUCGACGGGCCCCGAAAAUGGAUACACACACUGGGGGCAACAAACGUUCUACUUUCUCAGCAGCAUUCCUAUUUUGAAAGGAGAGAUAACGCGCCUUACAGGGGCACUCGAGAUGAUGAGAACGAAAGAAAAUUCUCGUCUCUACAAUUGCCGUCUAACGUACAGUACUUCUCGCAGAAGAAACGACGAACCGCAAGACGGAUCCGUAUUGAUGAAGAGUGGAAAAAUCGAACAAGUUUAUCAGAUUCCGUAGUAA